AUGACAGCACUUCUCGCCGGGGCUUUCCUCGUCGCCGGGGUGUCGGCCGCCGCCCUUGAGUCCACCGGAUCUCUCACGACUCAGCCAACAGCAGCCUCAACAUGGUCUUACAGCACCUUCUCUUAUGAGCAGAUGACCUCAGACCGAUACCCGACACCACUGCCGUCUCCUCUGACCAUCGCCACUCCUUACGCGCCUCACUUCACCGAAGCCUCGACCCUCUUACCGACCAACGUCACUUACACUACGUACUCCUUCAAUCCAUCAGCAACAGCCAGCCACGAUGGGACUUAUGGACAAAGUGCCUACAUAGCUCUUUGGUCAAACUACACUUACACCCAUGAGCCACCCUUCACCACCACUGCUUCGCCCACGCCCGUCCCCUCCAGCGACCUAGUCUUCCCUCCGCAACUACCUGCUAGACCUCUCAACGAGAAUGAAGGCCUCAAGUUCCCCGAGAACUUCGUCUGGGGCGUGGCAGCAAGCGCAUGGCAAGUUGAAGGAGGACUUCAGCUCGAGGGCCGUGGCCCUGCGCUGCUUGACUCGACCGGUGUCAACGGCCAGGGCACCCUUGGAACCAACGACUCCAACGUCGCGGACAUGCACUACUUCCUGUACAAGCAGGACAUCGCGCGCCUCGCCGCGUUGGGGGUGCCGUACUUCUCCUUCUCCAUCUCCUGGAGCCGUGUCGUUCCGUUCGGAGUUGCGGACUCCCCGGUCAAUCAGCAGGCGCUGGAUCACUACGAUGAUGUGAUCAACACAUGCCUGGAGUAUGGCAUCACUCCCAUCGCGACGCUGAUGCACAUUGACAACCCUGUCGGCGUGUUCGAUGACUUUGAGACUUUCCCGAAGCAUUUCGCGUAUUAUGCGAAGCAGGUCCUGGCGCGUUAUGCUGACAGAGUACCGUACUGGGUCACUUUCAAUGAGCCCAACAUUGCAGUCCAGUUCUACCUCGGCAACAACUACAACGGGUUGACGGCGUUCCUUCUAGCACAUGCGGAAGUCUACCAUUGGUACAAGGAAACUCUGGGCGGAACAGGAAAGUUGACGAUGAAGUUCGCAAACAACCUCGCCGUGCCCCUCAACCCUGGCAGCGAGGCCGAUGUGAAUGCCGCGUAUCGAUACCAGGACUUCAUCCUCGGCGUGAUGUCGAACCCGCUAUUCCUCGGAAAGCAGUUCCCCGAAACCGUCUUGGGAACGCCGGAUAUCACGCUGACUGCUCUGACCGACGAGCAGAUCGCCACCAUCAACGGCACGAUGGACUUCUGGGCAUUCGACCCAUACGGAGCGCAGUACGCCACGGAUCCCGCCGGGGGCUACGACGCCUGUGCUUCAAACUCCUCCGAUGCGUUGUGGCCCUCGUGCGUGGAACUCAGCACGACACAAGCCAAUGGCUGGAAGAUGGGCGCCGUGUCCGAGGGUGGCGCCAUCAUCGCGCCCUCAUAUGUGCGAGAGCAGUUCGGAUACGUGUGGAACACAUUCAAGCCCUCCGGCAUCAUGGUCACGGAGUUCGGAUUCCCGCAGUACGCGGACACAGAAACGCCGGUGGACGCGCAGAGGUACGACUUUGAGAGGACGAUGUACUAUCAGAACUUCCUCACUGAGACUCUGAGGGCUGUUCACGAGGAUGGAGUUAAUGUUAUUGGGGCGCUGGCGUGGAGCUGGAUUGAUAAUAAUGAGUUUGGGAGCUUUGAGCAGCAGUAUGGCAUGAUGGGGGUGAACAGAAGCGACCCGAACUUGGGAAGAUGGAUCAAGAGGAGCUUCUUUGACUAUGUGGACUUCUUCCAAAUUCAUACCUAG